AUGAGAAGGCUGCUUGAGAAGAUGCAGCUGCUCUUGCUUCUGUUGGCCUUCUCUCUACUGCACAAGACAAAGACAGGGGAGAUCAUCGGGGGACAUGAAGCCAAACCCCAUUCCCGUCCCUACAUGGCCUUCGUGGAGUUUAGGUAUACUGGUGUAUACGAAAUCUGUGGUGGCAUCCUGAUACAUGAGAAUUUUGUCCUAACAGCUGCUCACUGUUUCAACAGAACUCUAGCAUCAGAGUACAAAAGCACAAUUGUCUAUCUGGGUGUGCACAACAUCACAAAAAAAGAAGAGACUCAGCAGCUCAGACUUGUGCAAAGACGUGUCCCACACCCAAAAUUCAGGUUUAAGAAGUUGAGCAAUGACAUCAUGCUGCUGCAGCUGGAGGGAAAGGCCAUUCUGACUAAAGAGGUGCAGAUUCUAAAGUUGCCCAAGGAAAUAUCCCAGGUAAUGCCAGGAACUGUGUGCCAGGUGGCUGGAUGGGGAAUGUUGGCCCAAAGUGGAAAACAUGCAGACACACUGCACGAAGUGGAGAUGACAGUACAAGAUGAUAAGGAGUGUAAAAUCCGCUGGCCUGAUUACAAUAGUGCUAUGCAUAUGUGUGCUGGGGACCCAAAGAUUCAAAAAGCCUCCUUUAAGGGUGACUCUGGAGGCCCCUUCAUGUGUAAUAAUGUGCUUCAGGCCAUUGUCUGCACUGGAACAGAAGAUGGGCAACCUCCACGUGCCUACACCAAACUCUCACCUUAUCUAGACUGGAUAGAGAGCACCAUAAAACAUCUCUUACUGCAGGGAGCAAAUGAAGUCCCCUCUCUGAGCAACCAUCUUUCCUGGAUCUGA